AUGGCCAUUCACAAUCACUGCUGUCGCCAAGACACCGUUGUCUACACUUGUGCUGAUGCCACUCGAUGGCAACCCGGUGUGCCGACACAAGCACCUCUCGCCUGCACCAUCAAAUGGGGCGCAGGUGUGGAGGUGACAGAGGACGGGGACCCCAUCAGUAGCCCAGAUGAGAGGAAUGCUGGUGGUGGUGGUGGUGGUGGUGGUGGUGAUGGUGGUGGUGGUGUUGACAAACGAAGUAGUGUCUUUUCCCAAUUGCAUUCCGCGUGGUUGGAGUGCCUAAAUUAA